CCUCAGACAUCAUCAUCAUCCUCGAGCACAGCGGCAGCGUUAGCAGCAGCAGCAUCAACAACAGAAGCUCCUUCUGUCAUUCAGGAAAAAACGCAGCUCUUCUCCACCUGGAUUGUAUCAGCGGAGGCCGGGACACAGGAGAGAAAAGGGGACACACACUGUUAAGAAGGGAGAGCAGAGAAAAGGAGAAACAAUUCAUACUUAAAGAUAAAGGUUCGUCUGGGCUGGUACAGGCUGAAGGCACAGUCCCUGGCCCUGCAGGAGCACAACAGCUGACGGGGUGGGAGAUUUUCUUCAAGAGACAAAAGAAGAUGCGAUCCCGAAGCAACAGUCUGGAGGAAAUUAACAAGGCCAAGCCAGUGCAUCAGCAGCAGCAGCCACAGUCAGACACACGGAAGCGAUGUGCAGCCGAUCGUGAGGAGCCCUCAGGGAGGGCGGAGCGCCGCAGUCGUCACCAUGAACCACCCGAUGACACCGGCACAGUUCAGCGGAACCACAAGAUGACAAAGAACAGUAACUGCGCCAGUGGAAACGGAGGCAGCAGCACAGGUUCUGCCAUAAAAGGAGGUCGAAGAGAGAAGGGCAAGGACCUCUCCAGAGAUGACCUGGUUUUUCUGCUGAGCUUAUUGGAGGGAGAGCUACAGGCCAGAGAUGAAGUGAUUACAGUACUAAAGGCAGAGAAAAUUGAUCUGGCCCUGUUGGAGGCUAAAUACGGCUUUGUCACGCCACAGAAAGUCCUACAGGCCUUACAGAGAGACGCCAUUCAGGGGAAGCCUGAAGACUUUCAGGAGGACAUCUAUGAGAAGCCCAUGAUAGAGUUGGAUAAGUUGGUAGACAAGCAGAGGGAGACACACCGAAGGAUGCUCGAGCAGCUGCUGAUGGUGGAGCAGUCACACAAACAGGCCCUGUACAAGCUGGAGAAUGAGAAGAGGAACCACGGAGAGUUCAUGAAGAAGAGUGAUGAGUUCACCAACCUGCUGGAGCAGGAACGGGAAAGAUUGAAGCUGUUAAUUGACCAGGAAAAAGCCUACCAGGAACGUAAAGAUGAGGAGAACAACAAAAAAAUCACAGGCUUGAAGGAAGAGCUGACAAAACUCAAGUCAUUUGCGUUGAUGGUCGUGGAUGAACAGCAGCGACUCACUGAACACCUGAAUCAACAAACAGCAAAAGUACAAGAACUGACUGCCAGUGCUUCAAAAACCCAGGAAGAGCUGAGUUCCGCUAAUGCCCGUCUGCUGGAGGAGGAGCAAAAGGUGAUUCGCCUGGAAUCUGAUCUGCGUGACCAAGCUUCUCGAUACCAUCUGGAAAAAGAAGCCAUGACUGCCAAACUGACCAGCGAGGAUGUCCAGAGCAGGCAGUUGCGCCAGAAGCUGUCUGCCCUCAGCAGGCAGCUGGAUGAGUUGGAGGAGACCAACAAAACCCUGCGCAGAGCAGAGGACGAACUGCAAGAGCUAAGGGAUAAAAUUAGCCGUAGUGAGUGUGGAAAUUCUAGCCUCAUGUCUGAGCUUGAAGAACUGCGAAAAAGGGUUCUUGAGAUGGAGGGGAAAGAUGAAGAGUUGAUCAGAAUGGAGGACCACUGCAGGGACCUCAACAAGAAACUGGAGAAGGAGGCCAACCAAAGUCGAGGACUGAAGGUUGAAGUUGAUAAGCUGAACCACAGGAUAAUGGACUUGGAAAAACUGGAGGAUGCAUUCACCAAGAGCAUGCAGGAGUGCAACUCACUCAAAAGUAACCUGGAGAAGGAGAAGACAGUGUCAAAGAUUCUGAGCAGUGAGCUGGAGACUCUUAAAGUAAGAGUCAAGGAAAUGGAAGCAUCUGAAACCCAGCUUGGAAAAACAGAGCAGACAUUGAAGGAAGAUUUAACUAAGUUAAAAACUCUGACAGUCAUGCUGGUGGAUGAGAGGAAGUCAAUGGCAGAAAGGCUGAAACAAAUGGAGAACAAGGUCCAAAACAGCACUGGCAAACUUCAGGCAGAGCAAGACAAAGUGACAUCAGUCACAGAGAAGCUCAUUGAGGAGAGCAAGAAAGCACUUAGGUCCAAGGCUGAGCUAGAAGAGAAAAUGUGCAGUGCUACAAAGGAAAGAGAUGACUUGAAAGCCAAGUUGAAGGUCGAAGAGGAAAAAAGCAAAGACUUGGAUUCAAAGAUCAACAUGAUGAAGAAAAGGCUGCAAUCACUGGAGACCAUAGAAAGGGAAUACCUGAGGAGCAAAGUCAAGGAGGAGCACAUCAAGAGCCCCAUCGCUAACCGUUUCCAACAGGAGGAUAACAAAGUCAAAGAUUUGACGCAGGAAGUUGAACGCCUCAAGCGUAAACUGACGGACAUGAAAGUGGUGGAAAGUGAUUCCUUAAAAACGGAGGACUUUGAAUCACUGGAGAAGAAAUUCAACAAUGAACAAGAAAAAGCCAAAGCACUGAUGGAAGAGCUGGAAGCUUCCAGAAGGGAAAUUUCCAAAUAUCAACUUGCUGAGAAGAAAGAGUGCAACCAAGAGCAUGUCCUUUACAAGCGCCUUAAGGAAGAAGAGGCAAAGUCCAGCCAUCUGACCAGGGAGGUUGCAGCUCUCAAGGAGAAAAUUCAUGACUACAUGGGAACAGAGGAUUCGAUUUGUCGCAUGAAGACCGACCACUCUACACUGCAGCGGAAACUGACCCAGCAGGAGGUCAGAAACAAAGAGCUGGCGAGGGAAAUGGAGACGCUCAACCGAGAACUGGAAAGGUACAGGCGAUUUAGCAAAAGUCUUCGUCCUGGAAUGAGUGGUAGACGCUUCUCAGACCUCCAUGUCUCCACUAAGGAAGUUCAGACUGAUCCACUGGAUCUGGUGCCACUUGAUUGCAAGAUGGCAGCACCGCUGGAACGUGCUGUGGUUAAUGGCAAACUAUAUGAUGAGCGUGAAUCUGAGGAGAAUGCAAAUUAUAGCAAUGAGCUCCAGCUCCCCAAAUGUAGCACCUCAAUGAUAAACAAUGUCAAUAACCUAAACAACAACAUGAGAAGAGCACGUGUCCCAUUCCUUACAAACAAGGACGGCACUCUUCAGGUAAAUGGUAAAGUGCAACCUCGGCAAAACGGCAACCACGUGCAGUCUGAAGAUGUAGUGUUGACCCACAGCCCUGGUCAACCUCUGCAUAUUAAAGUUACACCAGACCAUGGACACAACAUCGCAACACUGGAGAUAACCAGCCCAACUGCUGAAAGCACCCAGUCCUUCACCAGCACUGCUGUCAUACCUACUAGUGGAGGUCCACCAAAACAGAGAAUCACCAUCAUCCAUAAUGCUUCUCUUUCCCCAAAUGCAAAAUCAGUUUCCCCUACAACUAAAUCUAAGGGUUCCCCUGUGUCUGAGGAGCUGUGUUCUCCAGACAGGGCCCUCUCACCUUUCACUAUGAUGGCAUAUUCCAGAGCAAUGACACCAGACUCCUGUGGUUCUCUAACACCAGACAGAGCCAUGUCCCCUAUACAGAUUGUGUCAGUCACCACAGGCACCCCUGAUCGCUCCUUCUCCACAGAGCCCGUGGAGGUUGUUGGAGGACACGCAGUUUUCCGUGUCACCCCCGAAAGACAACAAGCAGGCAACUGGCAGGUACAGAGGUCCAACAGCUCGGGACCAAAUGUCAUAACCACAGAAGACAACAAAAUCCACAUUCACUUAGGCUCCCCUUUCAUUCAGAGCAUUAGCAGCACAACACAAACGCUGAGUCCGUGUCACACACCCGGACUCCCAGAGCCAAGGACUCAGGUGCUGGCAAACUGCAGCACGCCUACUCACACCAAGGUCAACAACAAAAUCACAAGUAGCAUCAUGAUUAAGCCCACCUCCAGCCCAAUCCAAAGGCCAUCACAGAUUACAGUAAGUAACGACUGACCCGAAAACCACCAAAUUCCUUCAUCCCAUCCUGUGUUACUUAAUCUACCCAUUACAUCCAAGACCCCACAACCCCAAACUCUAGACAUUUUCUUUGAUGCUUGAGCUUAAACUGAAGUUUGAAUGUCUGUCAUUUUUAUUUUGGUUGGUUGGUUGACUUGCUUGGUUCUGUGUGAUUAAGUCAAACCAUUGUUUGCCUGCAUGAAAAAAAGAACACACUUUAUUUGACACCACACCAGGUAUGAUUUUAACUUAUGUGCACUUACUGUAUUGUACUCCAGGUGGCACAUUUGUGCCAUAUAGUCAGCCUACUCACACUGAUGUAUCAUAUAUCAGUUUUUAUACAAUUCAUAUUACACAAGUGCAUCACAAUUACAUUGUCUGUCUGUCUCUCCCAAUAUUAAAGUGUGCAAAAAA